AUGCAUGUUUCAGUAAUAAACCAUGUAAGACCCUAUUGUGAAGAAGGCGCGGUCUGUGAGGAUUGCGAAUUGGUCAUCGUCGGACAGCCGUGCAACAGCUUUGAUCGACUCCCCGUGUAUUACUGUAACAAUAAUACUAGGAGAGUCAUCUACGAGCCGUCGAAAUAUUUCAUGUGUGUCGAUGGUGAGGUCAUCCAAUUCGACUGCUCUUAUCGGAAUAUGCCGGCGGCGGUGUUCAAUCAGAUCACGCGCGAAUGUGUUCAAGAGGAAGAGUUCAAGAGGCGACGUCGCGCCACCACAGGAUCGGCGAGGGUUGGCGAUGUGUGCUCGUUCAACACCGACUGCCAGCGGGGGAUGUUCUGCGGCGGUGGCGUUUGCAGCUGCCUCAGCGAUUUCGUCUCGAUCUCCCAGCACUGUUGGCCCAAGGUGAAUCCUGGAGAGUCGGGAUGCGUCGAGAAUCGGCAAUGCGAGGCCGUCUGGCCAGGGACCACAUGCAAUUCGGCGGGACUCUGCGAAUGUCCCAGAGACACUGUGCCGAGUCGCACUCGCGAUGGAACCGUGUGCAUUUCGUCGAAGAUCCCGCCAUCGUGUCCGCUUCCCGAGCCGCACAACGGCAAUCCGAAUCCGGCGACAGUGUUGGCGAAUCCAACAACCCAUCCGCUGAAUCCCGGAAGCUACACGCCGGUUCUGUGCAAUAGCCUCUCGUCGGAAACCAGAGUGUCGAAUGGCGGCGACGGGUCGACGUGGUGCGUCUAUCCGGACGGCGACAACGACAUCUACAUCGCCGACACCUACAAUUGCAUCUCGCAUCCGCAAGUCAACAACGAGCUUUUCCCCGAAUACGCGGAGACCGUCGACGGCGUCUGCUGUCAUAAUCGAGCGUUUGUGUGCAUUCAGCCGCUCGAGUCAGGCGACGAGCCGUCGGUUCCGCGAUGGUGGUACAAUUCAGCAACAGGCACCUGUGUGCAGUUCAUGUGGGAUCCGGACACCAUCACGAACGCCUCGCCGAACAAUUUCCGAACCGCGGAACACUGCGAAUCGUAUUGUCGAGACACUUGUCGUCGUGGGGCUCCCGAAUUCGCCGGAGCCAAAUACUCAAUACUGGAUGAGGUGCCAAGAACGAAUUGUCUUGCGUCGACGUCGCGGUGCGAUUCCGAGCAUCAAUGCACACUCAUAGGGUCCCAGCAGACGUGUUGCCCAACGCCUGCCCAUAUUUGUAGUGCUCACGGCGGCCGGAUGAUGCUAACGAAGCCCGUCGAGAAUUAUGAUCGAGGCGUUCAGAUUGCCGGAUCAAAGGCUUCCACAAGAUACUACUAUGAUGUUGAUCAAGGCAGAUGCGUCAACUUCCUCUAUCACGGCCUCGGCAACUUCAACAACUUCCUCACCAAGCAGGAUUGCGAAUCAUUUUGCUCCAAGUUGGUCUGCGAGAAUGGCAAUCCGCUGCGUAUCGGCGAGGAGUGGCAGCGUUGCGAGACCAACGCCGAUUGUCCGACGUCGCACACGUGCCAGGGAAGCCACAAGGUGUGCUGUCCGACAGCUCAAUCGCUGUGCACCCAACCGAAGAGGCUCGGCGAUUGCACGUCGUCGGUUCGCCGCUACUGGUACAACGCGGCGACUAGGACGUGCGAGAUGUUCCAGUACACUGGCUGCCAGGGCAAUGACAACAACUUCCCGACGCUGGUCGCGUGCCAGCAGCGAUGCCGCGGAAUCAAUGUCGAGCCGAAAUGUCAACACGGUCGCGCGUUUCGAGACCGCAACGGCAGCUUCCAACAAUGUUCGGACAAGUCGAAUGGUCCCAAGUGCCCCGUCAACUAUGUGUGCUCGUUCGACGGCACCACGCAUGGAUGUUGUCCGACGAAGGCGUUCACAUGCUCGCUGAACCCCGACAAAGGCGUCCAAUGCGGAUCAGGACGAUCCUACAGAUACUACUUCAAUUCGAACAAACAAUCGUGCGAGACAUUCCAGUACGAAGGAUGCGAUGGAAACUCGAACAACUUCCUGACAUCGGAAGACUGCCAGUCGUAUUGCGGCGUUGGUGGAUGCCCGAACGGUGGGAUGCCGUUGCGCGACGAGAAGACCAACCGGCCGAUGCAGUGCUCCGAGCUCAAAACGUGCCCGUCAACUCAUGAGUGCAUCUCGAUUCCGAUCAACGGAAAUGUCGGCAAUCGGUGUUGUCCGACGAAAUCGCACAUUUGCAGUCAGCCGCCGCAACAGGGCAAUCAUUGCUCGAAAAUUUCGGUGGCGCGAUAUUACUUCAACAUCGUCACCAGAGAAUGCGCGAGUUUUCAGUUCAACGGCUGCAACGGCAAUUUGAACAAUUUCGCGACGCAGGCCGAAUGCAACAAUUUCUGCAGCUCGGCGGGAUGCGCCGUCGGCGAAGUCGCUUAUAAGGACGUGAACACUAAAAAGGCUUAUGAUUGCAACAAUGUGCUGAUCAACAGCUGCCCGGCCAACUUCCAAUGCCGAUUCAACUCGCUAACCUCCGGCUAUGUUUGUUGCGGCUCGACGAGCAUGGACGUGUGCCCGCCGGAAGAGCGAGCCUUCAUCAACGCGCUAGACGAAUCGGUUAGAGAAUGCGCCAUCAACGUCCCCGGAAGUUGUCCAUCCGAUUUCCUCUGUCGAUUCAAUGCUCAAAGGAAUCGAUAUUAUUGUUGUGCACCGACCACGGAGAAUGUGUGCCCCGACGGGCGUGCUCUCUUCCGUGCCGCCAAGACGCAUCUGCCGAUUCGGUGCACUCUGAACACACCAAAUUCGUGUCCCGAUGGAUACUCAUGCCAAAGUCGCGCCAAAAAUGUGCUUCAAGGAUUCUGCUGCUCGGCGAGAAACGUUUGCAAGGGCGACGCCGAAUUUCUGAUGGACGAGAAGACGAAGAUGCCGCGCAUUUGCACGCCGGGCGCGUUCAUCUCGUGUCCCAACGGCUACCGCUGUCAUAAAUCGCUGCCAUCCAGUGUCAGCGGAUUCUGCUGCAAGGGCGAAAUCAACGCGAUCUCCGAAGGCUGUCCGCCAGGCGAGUACGCCUAUGCGAGAAAGAAUGAGAUCAUCGCGUGCGAUCCGUUCAAUCCCGAGAACAAAGGGUGUCCGGCAACGUUUAGCUGCCAGUUCGCGGUGGCCUUCCAGCGGUAUCAGUGUUGCGGAAAGGAUCCGAUAGAGGAGGAUGAGAUCGAGCAAGAAGAGCUCGGCUGCCCGCACUCGCAAGUAGCACUGGUGGAGGACAAUCAUCCCGUCGUCUGCACGGCUUCAGCCAACACGUGCCCCACCGGCUACUUUUGCCAGUUUUCCGACAAAAACAAACAGUUCCAGUGUUGCGGCCACAAGUCGGGAUGUCCCGGCGAGUCGGUGGCGUAUCUCGAUUUGAGCGGACAAGCGCAGGAGUGCUCGCGGAAGCUCGGCAACUGUCCGAGCGGCUACUCGUGUCAGUCAACACGAGCCGGUAAAACGGUGUGCUGCACGGGCGGUGUCACGCGCAUCAGCAGUCGCGAUCGUCCGAUGAUCACUGGUAAUAGUAGUACGGUACCAACGACAACGCCGACGGCGCAGAAUAGUACGGUAGCGGCGGUCACGACGACCACGGCCAAAUCGUUGUGCCCGCCGGAUACGGUGCUCAUCAAUGGGGAAUGCAAGGUUCGAGGAGCUGUCGGAUCAGUGUGCCUUCUGUCGUCCCAGUGCACUUCAGGAGCCGAAUGCUUGAAUCAAUUCUGCUCGUGCUCGAAAAAGUUUAGACAACAGGAAGGACGAUGUGUGCAGAUUCUUGACGAGGAGAAUGAGUGUAAGAAGGGCGAGGUUAAGAAGGAUGGCCGAUGCUAUCCAACGUUCGGAAUUGGCGGCGGUGAUUGCCAAUUCGAUUCGCAAUGUCUGAAUGGGACCAUUUGUACUGAGAAUGUGUGCAAGUGCGCACCAGGGAGCUCACCGUAUAAGGAGCGAUGCUUAAAUAACGUGAAUAUCUGUGAAUCACCCAAACAGCCGGUGAUUUCCAACAAUUCGCUCAUUAUCUGCGCCAAACAAAAAUGCCCAAAACCAUCUCAAUGCCUCUACUCCAAAUUGAUCUCCUCAUAUGUUUGUUGCUCGGUUGCUCCAGUGCCUGUUAGGCCUGCGACAGCAAGGCCCGUUGUACGAGGACGGCCCGUUCCCAGCAAGAAGUACACGUGUCCGGACGGCAGGCAGCCGAUGAUGUUCCCGCAGAAUCACAUGCCUUUGGUGUGCAACGUGAUCAAGGGAUGUCCGCAGGGCUACACGUGCAUCGCGAAAAUGUGCUGCCCGAACACAAGGGUCAAACGCGAGCCGUGCCCAAGAGGCUAUUUGGAACUGGUGCGAAAUGAUGGAACAACGACGUGCGUGCUUGAAAUGCAUUUAAAUUUCACCGCCUUAGAAUGGGUGAAAUGUCCCGAAUAUGAGAACUAUCCGAUACACAUCAUCGCCGCCAUCGUAGCGAUUUUCGCGAUCAUCGCCAAUGGGUAUAUUAUGAAAUUGUUUAUUGUAAAAGAGGCUAUUGGAUUGUUUCUUUUGGCAAUUUUCGAUUUUAUGUUCGCUUUCGACUUCAUCACAACCGCCACCUUAAAAUCAUUGGCAUAUUUCUGGAAAAGCUCUGAGCUCAAUAAAUGGCAGUUCCACUUUGGAGGCUUAUCCGACCGAUUUGAUGAGCAGGUUCGCAAUUUGGUCGCUGUUACUCUUUUUCUUCUCGCUGUUGAGCGUCUACUGUGGACAUUCGGAGAGCGCACAAGGCAACGAUUCGGAUUGUUUACCGAUGAUCGGUCCAAGAUCCGAAUAAUCAUAAUACCUUUCAUAGUCACGAUAAUCUUCAGAUUUCUAGAUGACAGAUUCAACGAAAAAUCAUUGCUGAACCAAUGCACAGAGUUUCAUUCAAGAAAUAAAAAUAUCUUAAUAAAAGGAUUCGACAAAUUCCUUGAUACCACAUAUCCAUGGAUCAGUAGAGCCUUCUACGCCCUUGCUCUGAUCAUCUCCCUGAUCUCAGUGGUCCGCAAAUCGAAGACUGGAAAAGGGGAGCUCGCUGUGAGCCAAUCGCAUCAAACGCAGACAACAAAUCAGGAUUCCGAAACUGGAAUUCGCCUUGUGAACAGAUCCAUCUUGUGCAUGUUUGUCAUUAUUCUGACAUAUCUCGUCACCUAUUCCGCCAAUGAAUUCAUUCGAUAUGAUUUUCCGCCGAAAGAUUUGAAGCAAUUCGGAUACCGAUAUUUCAUUGUGAAGCUCAUCGAGCUAUUCUUCGUCGCCGCGCGAUUCUUCAUUUAUUUUGCGCUGACAAAAUUCCAGAUUGUCUACCAAUAUUUCGGAAUUAUUCUUCACACUUAA